GACGUAUCCCCCCUGCAUCUGCUUCCUUUGAACAAGUGCUGUCCUUCUCCCUGGGUUGGUGACCUGCUCCGGGAGUAAUCCGCUCUGCUACCAGCAUGCCCACCCAGCUGGAGAUGGCCAUGGACACGAUGAUCCGAAUCUUCCACCGCUACUCUUGCAAAGAGGGGGACAGGUUCAAGCUCAACAAAGGGGAGCUGAAGAUGUUAUUACAGCGGGAGCUCACAGAAUUCCUCACGUGCCAAAAGGACCCCCAGUUGGUGGAUAAGAUAAUGCAGGACCUGGAUGCCAAUAAGGACAACGAAGUGGAUUUUAAUGAAUUUGUGGUCAUGGUGGCGGCUCUGACAGUUGCUUGUAACGAUUACUUUGUGGAGCAGCUGAAGAAGAAAGACAAGCAGGCUGACGCAAGGCAGAAAUAG